AUGAAUUUUACAACGAACGGUUCUUGUGCAGUUUUUACUGAGUGGGACGAGCAAUUAACAAAAAUUGCUGCAUCUGAUCAACCGCUACCCCGACCAUGGAUUUCUACGGCUCCACUAGAUGAAUCACGACCUUCGAGUAUUAUUUUCACGAUCAUGACGUACAACGUUUUGAGUAGCUCUUACGCUACUCCAAAAAUGUACCGAAAUUGCCCGAAGGAGUUCCUGGAUUGGCAAGUCCGAGGACAGAACGUUAUGUCCGAAAUAUGUCAGUACAACAACGACAUAAUCUGCCUCCAGGAAGUCGAGAUGGAGCAGUACGAUGACUUUUUCCUUCCCAACCUCCAGAGCAUGGGAUACGAGGGAAUCUUCGUUCCAAAGUCGCGAGCUUCGACGAUGUCGGAGCCAAAGAGAAGGCUCGUCGAUGAAUGUGCUACUUUUUGGAAAAUUGACAAAUUUUCCUUUGUCAGUUCGAGACUUGUGGAGUAUAAAACUUUGGCACUGCAGAGUCGUGCCGACUCCUCCGACAUGCUGAAUCGUGUCUGGAGUCGUGAUAAUAUCGGGCUGCUGGCUGUGUUAAAGACCACUGCAGCCGCCUGGACUGGUGGACCACCAGUUGAUUCAAAUCAUGUCGAGCAGUUGGUCCUAGUGGCAAAUACUCAUUUACACUGGGACCCCCAAUUUCCGAAUGUUAAAACGAUCCAAUCCAUGAUGCUGACCAGAGAGAUCGUCUCCAUGGUAGAGAGCGUGAGGAGAUCUUUCAGUUGGCCUGGAAGAAUUCUCCAGUUCUCAGACAUCAAGGUGCUGCUCUGCGGUGAUUUCAAUUCACUGAUGGAUUCUGGGGUAUUCCAGUUCCUAUCAACGGAUCAACUGCCGCUGAGUCACCCUGAGUUCCAGGGUUUUGAUUAUAUCAACGCGAUCAUGAACAUGAUGGGAGGAGAAUGUUGUCACAGAAUUACCCACCCGCUAAAUCUGUCAUCAGCCUGCAGUCCACAGAUUAUGCCUUAUACAAACUACACAUACGGAUUCAAGGCGAUGAUUGAUUAUAUAUUUUAUUCGUCCUCCAACAUGGUGUGCCUCGGAGUCUACGGCCCCAUUCCGCAAGAAUGGUUCGAUAGGCUUAGUGUAGUGGCCUGUCCGCAUCCUUUUGUUCCAUCUAAUCAUUUCCCGGUGAUAACGGCUUUUCAAGUGACUGCUUGA